GUGGCCCUGGCUUUAUUUACUCCUUAAGAAUCGUUCAUUCGAGCUGACCUGACCACCGCUCUCUCGCUCGCCUCUCCUCUCCUCUCCUCCUCGUCGUCCUCCACUCCGCUCUCCAACGCGAACGCUUCCCAAUUAAACCCUACUCUCUCUCUCUCUCUCUCUCUCCGCCCUCACGUUUAUCUCCGCUUCUCUUUCUCUCUCUCCACGCACGCACAGGAGAGAAAAAGAACGAGACGGAAUAGAGAAAGGCGAGGAAGAAAAGAGAGAGGAGAGAUAGACAAAUUUCGUUUUCAAGAACUGGCUGUGCCUUGUGCGUGCGUGGUGUCGCACGUAGCAAUAAGAGGGAUCGAUGGAGGUGGCGGCGGACUGCGCCGGCGGGGUCCGUGUCAAGAGGGAGGCCUCCGGCGGCGGCGGCGGCGGGGACAUGUUCCUCGUCGAUGACCUCCUCGACCUGCCGUGUGACGACGAGGAGGAGGAGGAGACGGGGUUGGGCGGGGCGUACGGCGCCGGCGCCGGCGCGGGCGCGGGCGCGGGCGCCGGAGGGGGCGGUGGUGGGGAUGAGCGUGCGGCUGGCAACGCGUCGGCCGACUCGUCGACGGUGACGGCCGUCGACAGCUGCAGCAACUCCUUCUCCGGCCUCGCCGACGGGGACUUCUCCGGCGGGCUGUGCGUGUGCGAGCCGUACGACCAACUGGCGGAGCUGGAAUGGGUUUCCAGCUACAUGGGCGAGGAGACCUUGCCCACGGAGGAUCUCCGGAAGCUGCAGCUCAUCUCCGGCAUCCCCGCCGCAUCGGCCGCUCCGCGCGCGCCACCGCCGGCUGUGCUGGCCGCCUCCGGUGUGCAGCUGCCGGGAGGAGGAGCGCUGCCCACGGAGGCGCCCGUGCCGGGGAAGGCGCGCAGUAAGCGGUCCCGCGUCGCGCCGUGCAACUGGUCGUCGCGCCUGCUCGUCCUGCCGCCGCCCCCGGCCUCGCCGCCCUCCCCGGCGUCCGUGGUCAUCUCGCCGUCCGAGUCGGGCACCGCCGCGCCGGCAUUCCCGGCCAAGAAGGCGGCGAAGUCCGCCAAGAAGAAGGACGCGCCAACCCCCGUGGCGCCGCCGAACGCGGCAGCCCAGGCGGCGGCCGAGGGAAGGAGGUGCUUCCACUGCGAGACGGACAAGACGCCGCAGUGGAGGACGGGGCCCAUGGGGCCCAAGACGCUGUGCAACGCGUGCGGGGUGCGGUACAAGUCCGGGCGGCUCGUGCCGGAGUACCGGCCGGCGGCGAGCCCGACGUUCGUGGUGUCGAAGCACUCCAACUCGCACCGCAAGGUGGUGGAGCUGCGGCGCCAGAAGGAGAUGCAGCUCCUGCACCAGCAGCAGCCGCAGCCGCACGUGGUCGCGGGUGGCGCCGCCGCCGGAGGCCUGCUCCACGUGCCGAGCCCGCUGCUGUUCGACGGGCCGUCGGGGGCGCCGCUCAUCGCCGGCGCGGACGAAUUCCUGAUCCACAACCGCAUAGGACCGGACUUCCGGCAGCUCAUCUAGGAAUAUGAUUCAUUAGCCCAGGAAUAAUUCAGCAACAAAAACAGCUAAUUUUUUUUAGGAGUUGUUUCUCCAUGUUUGGUUUUUCAGCUUAUCUUUUUUUUUUCUUUUUUGGUUCUGCAACCUGUUUUUUUGGUUACUCUCUAUUUCUCGGCUUCUUAAAUUUAUCUCUGUUUCUUUUUUGAGAUUUUAGACUUUUUCCCCCCUUAGAAGCCAACUCUGAGGAGUUUCUUUGGUAGCAUAAUCUUUUUUUUUCUCUUUCAAUUUUGUAAUGCAGGAGACUCUUAGAAGAAGAGGAAAAACAGGAGCAGUUUCAA